UCUCUGGCCUCAUGUCACAGUGUUAUUCAGGCUUUUGUCCUUCCUCGGCUGCCGUACACUGCUCGCCUCUGAUUGGUCCACAGCAGACACGAUCGUUUGGAAAACGUCCGCCGGAUCUAACAUCAAGAUGAGUCUGAGGAAACAGACCCCGAGUGACUUCCUGAAGCAGAUCAUCGGGAGACCGGUGGUCGUCAAGCUCAACUCAGGGGUCGAUUACAGAGGUGUGCUGGCCUGUCUGGAUGGUUACAUGAACAUCGCCAUCGAGCAGACAGAGGAGUACGUGAACGGGCAGCUCAAGAACAAGUAUGGAGAUGCUUUUCUCAGAGGAAACAAUGGUAAGAUCGAUUUAUAUUAA